AUGUAUAUACAGAUGGCGAAAAUAGACGUAUAUGCAGAGUAUUUAUUCAUUGACUAUCCGACUACUGAACAAUCGGCUAAGAAGACUUCGGUGACUUCCUGUCUAACAAUGGCCGAGGUUGAGCGAACUGAUCUUGUCCAAGCUCUUAGCUCCUCUGAUGAUAAAGAGCAUGUGCUUAUGACGUGGACCACGGAAAAACUGAGCAAAACGAACGUUUCGGAUAGACAGUUCGCGAACUACAUAUGCACGCAAUUCCAGUGUCUACUGAAGGAACUUAUUAAAACUCCAGAUUUUACUUUCAGUGUAUCUCUCGCUCUAUGUCAGCAAGUGUCAGUCUUGUAUGCCAUGAGCUUGGGAGCUCUACCUGACAAUGAAAUAUACGAUGGCGCCCUAUUUUUGGCCAGUACGUUGUGUGAGGAAGAUUUUUCGCAUUCUAAAUCUAAGAAGAAGAGUAGAAAUAAGACACACGUUUACUCAGCAGAGAGGUUUUUGAGCGUCGUUAGUCUCGCUCAAUUGGUCAACAAUCAGCCUCAGAAACUCAUUUCUCUGCUUCCUUCCCUUUUGCCAGAUGUGCUCAAAAGCAUAAAAAAAAUGCUUGAAAAGGAGAAGCACAUGCACGCGGGGUUCUUGACGAAUCUAAUGGUUUUGGUCUCCUACAUUUACAAAGACUGCGAUCACAUUGAUCCUGUGAUAACAGCUAAACUCGUCAAAACUUUCAAGAUUGUUCUAGAACGGGUAAAGGCGGAUGAUGAGUCGCUACCGAAGCCCUUUCUGAGCGCUAUAAUCUGCACGUAUGCUCAUCUAUACAAGAACUGGAAGUUUGUCGAGGCCCAAAGUUCAGGAAGUCCCCUCGAAACUUUCAAAACAAAAUUCUUUCACGGAGGGUACGGCUUAUACGGACUUUCUUGCGAUGAAUUGCGCCAAGAUGCAGCUUUCUGUCUCGGCGACAUACUAUACAAUUGGUGUUUCGAAAGAGAGGCUAUAACGCUGGAGGAGGUUUUAGCCUUUUUCAGCGACGUAUUCAUCACAGUUCCAAAUCGGUCUGUGAGAGCUGGUGUGUUCGAGUGUCUUUCUCAUUUUCUGGGGAUCGCGAUUUCGAGUGGAAGCGAGACUUUAGGGGACGGGAAGUAUCUAGAAGUCGUUUCGAAGCUGGCCUUCUCAAUUUUCACAAACCCGACGAUUAAGGAACAAAAGCUUGAUAACAUUUCAAGGUAUAUGAAGUUUUUCGAAAUAUUGCAUCAAUCGCUACUUCGCUAUAUUUCUGAGUCAGGAAAGUUGCUAACGCUCUUUUCCAUUUUUGGCUGCGAGAAGGACAGUUCAGACAACUUGCUAAAGGACAAAGAGGGUGAGGUCCUAUAUUCUACAAUUGUUUUUCUACAGCUCGGUACAAUAUUAAUGGAAACUCUGUCUUCAACAUUUACAACUAACAGUCGAAACUUGAUAACAAUGAAAUCCAGGUUGAUAGAACUGUCAAGUAGUAGCAAUUUCCAGAUAAGAGUGCAUGGAAGCAGAAGUCUACGAACCUUUGCGAGUCACGCCCCACAUUUGCUUCCAGAAAUUCUUGGAUCGUCCCUAGAACUCUUAGCAAACGAGCUUUUCACAUCAUCUAACUUUUCUUUCUCCAGGUGCCAUGGGUAUACGUUUCUUCUUGCAAAUCUGAUCAAAGUGUGCAGUCCAGAGUAUGUUCCCACAGAAUUGGUAAUGAGAAUAACGAUAUUUGCAACCACGAUUUUGAAAGAUCAUCCACCCAGCAAUGGGCUCACGUCAUAUAACAAACAGCUUGUUUCAUGGAUUCUCCUUUGUGGUCUGAUGAACUAUAACGAUGUCGAUUUUCUGCGUAUUCAGUCAUCCCAAUUAUUUUUAUUUUGGAAAGGCAUUUUAACGCAUGCAUACACUUACGGAGAUGAAGAUGAGCUCUACAAAAACCUUGAGGUCAGGAAUCAUGCUCUUGCCUGUCUGCUGUCAUAUCUUAACAGGAUUGAUCUGAAUGCAGACAUUGCUAAGCAAGUCUUUUUUCUUUUAACCAAGUGCUCAACCUUCAACAAUUCCAUUCAGCUGAAAACAAAAACUAUCGAUAACAUUUUGCUGCAAAAUGAGAACAGAAUACUUCAAACUUAUCUCAAAAUUCACGAGUUUAUUAAAAAUGAGUUCAAUAGUGCUGUUCUUAUCCUCAUUGUCAAAAAUUUCGCAGACCCCAAUUUGUAUUGCGAGCCUCCCCGCCCGUUAUUCGAUCGGGUUCCUGGAAAUGCCGAAAACGCAUCUAAAGCAAACUUAUCGGACUCCCAGAUCUUGAAUCUGAGAUCUCUCCUGCGCGAUGAUUCUGGAUUUGCUUAUGGACUUACGAGUAAAGUUAACUAUCUUUACGUUGACGAGCUUAAGAUAAAGAAGGGUGGACCAGCGAUUUCUAAGGAGCUGAGACCUUGGAAAGGUGAGAGUGGAUAUUGGUUCGCACGUUAUGAAUCAGAAAUAUACUCGCCAGUAACUUCUGUGUUAUCUUAUGAUUGUCUCAUUCUUUUAUAUGGUGGAGAUGGAUAUAUGAGCAAUGAUGAAUACUCCCCUCGUGUCACCACCUCUAUCAUCAAUUCCUCUAUUGAGGUAUUCAGUCUUAUAUUUCCAUUUUUGAAUGACAAAAUUCAGUUAUCUGUUUUGGAGAGCAUGAAUUCCUGUGUCUUCUCUAAAAAGACUGUUUCUAUGAGGUCAAUUGCUAUUGCAACAAAUUGUUGUGUUGCCCUUUUGGGAGCGCUUGAAGUCGUCCAGAGUAACAGUAUGAAGCUUGAACAACCAGUCGCCAAUCUCAUGUUGAAAAUUUUGAGGAAUAUACCUUCUUUCAACGACGAGUUUAUGACGAGACUAAAAGCAGAGUGUGUGGGCUUAGUUUUAUCUACUGCAAGUCCUUCUUCUGAAAUAGAGCUGAGCGUUGGAGUGGAAUAUGCUAACGAGAUCUCAGACGUGAUAGUAAAAGAUAUUUUUGAUCAUGACGACUCUUUUUCAAGAAUCUUCAACAUCCUGAGUUUAUGUUGUGCUUUCAAGUACAAACGUCGAAAUUUUAACUUCUGGACUGCUCUGGGCCUUCUAGAAAAUUUGAUCAAGGAUCCUCACCCGAUUGUUCACGCCUGGUCGGUGGAAGCACUUUCUAUAUUGAUUGAAGGUUCACUGGUUCUAGACAUGUCCACUGCGAGCCAGAUCCUGCAUCUACUAGAGUUUCUAAUUGUCGAUGAGAGAUAUGGUGGAAAUGCGACUAUGGCGUGGCGUUCCAAUUAUAGCUGCCGUUUUGACUCGCGUCGUAUGAUCGCGAAAAUCUUGUUGAGCGUAACACAGCUUUUAGGACCUGAGAUCAAAUUGCUGCCUCCAGCAACACUUGCGAGGUACAAAACUUUAUUAUAUGUUAUGAUUGGGUCCACUGAUGGUAUUGAAAACUUAUAUGGCAUCCGCACACUAACGAAUUUGGCUGCCUUCAAGAUGCUUGACGAUUUUGACCCCGGAGUCAUAAUACCGGCUACCGCAAAAUUCCUACGACAAUCAUUUACGAUAGACCUAACUCCUCAUCAAUUCUCAGGGAUGUUUUCUGAAGCUGUACUUCAUUUUGGAGGUGCUUAUAAUGAAUGCAUCAUAGAGGCGGUCUUUGAGCUAAUGGAUGAGCUUGUUAGCUUAAAACUGUUUGACAGUUUCUUUGAGAAACUCGAAAACUUGGUAUGGCGCUAUUUUUCGGUUUUUCCUGACGCCAAAUGCGCACAAUCUUUUGUCAAUGGGUGGUUUGUUCACACAGCUAGUAAUGGUCUUUCCUGGUUGAACAAACUCUACAACCUCUUCUUCAUAACGAGGCAACAGUUAUUCGACCUGGAGUUGAAAAGCAGAGGUAUACAUGUGGGCCAUGAGAAAGACGACGGCAGAGUGGAGGGACAUCUUAAAAGCUCGGAGAUCAUUGAUGUGGAGGAAAAGGGCUUCACCUCCGAGUUCACAACAUGUACAAAAGUAAAUGUGUUGUCUUGGCAGGUUAGGUUGUAUGUCUUAAAGCUCCUUGGUGAUUUGCUUGCCGUUAACACGAGUGCUGAAGAAUUAUGGAUAAACCUACAAAACAACCUUUCAAAGGUAAUCAAAUUGUGCUUUAGUGCUUCCGCAAUGAAAAUAUCACAGAUAAAAGCUAGGGGGAUAGAAAUUCUAGGCGAAGUCAUUGGAGCAUUUACAAAAAACGGAAACUCUGCAGACCUCUUGUCUCUUGAGGAGGAGGAAGCUCACAUUGUCAGUGCUUUGAUGCCCGCCUUCGACGAAGGAAGCUCCCCGGCCAUUUUACCCAUCGCUAUCAAUGUUUGUGCUCAGUAUUUGUGCUUAUGUUAUUCAAGUGCAAAGAAAUCUUGUAGAAUUGUCGAAGUCUUAGUGAACUCUCUGGCAGACAUGAUAGAGAAACCCGAUUCAUUAAUCAUAGGUGAGGUGAAAGUGUCUACUCCGAAAUGUAAGAGUGACGCAGAGGUGGCAAUUUUGAACUCUUGGGCCCGUAUUACCGUGGGAGCCAUUGAAAAACAUAAUCAGGAUUUGCUUGAGCUUUCAAAGCCGUUCUGGAACACAUUGACUCCCUUGUGGAUAAUAUCUCUUCGAGAAUAUGUUAGCAUGCAAAAUGUGAAAAGUGGCCAGUCAUCUGCUGGAGCAUUCGGUGAUGCGAUUAACAACCAACGAGACUCAUCAAUAUAUGAAGACGUUUGGAUCAACUUCACAGAGGCGAUUUGUUUUGUUUACUCAGAGGAUGCUACAAUUCUCACAACUUGCCUAAAAAGAGAAGAUCUCGAAAACUUUGUUUUUGUGAUUUACGCCCAGUGUUUGCAGCAGUUGACUUUGAGUUUUGAAGACAAAAACGUCAAGUUGAGGACUCUCGACGGCAUUCGCAAUGUGCUGAAGAUAGACACUCCAUGUGAGCUAUUUUUCCGUGAUGAGAACGUGGAAGAGACGGUUGAAGUAUUUGAAAGAAUUGUAUUGACUGGAAGGAGUGGUGAGCUUUUGAAACUAGUUGAUGUAAUAGAGGGAUUGGCAUCGAAGUUUUUCCAGACUUUUAGCGGAGAAGAUGAGUUCAUUUCCGGUGCCGAUAAAGUCUACCUUCUUUUGAGAGUGCUUUUGAUGAUUAUCACCUCCAAACUUACUUUCUUGAAGGAGGGCACGACUGAUAGCUUAUCAACUGAUGAAGAAAAGGAGUCUCUGGGCCAUGAGGAUUUUACCGUGGUUAAAAAGUGUUUUUCAUCAAUAUCCCACUUGAUAUGCAAAUUUCCGGUAGAGUUUAGAAUGGACCUAAAUGCUUGCAUGUUGUUUAUUGUAGGUCAGAUUUUCCAGUCUAGUAAGCGUCAAACGCUGGCUCCCGCCAUCAUGCCCUUGUUAAAGCAGAUAAUAAGCAUUGAAGAUCCCAGCGAUGAAGAAAAGCGACUAGUUACCAUUUUUUUUGAAGCCGAGAAAAACAACAUUUUCAAGCAGCUGCCCAAAGAACUGGCCUUGGCUACUUUGCUUAUACUCAGCAAGUACAGCGACAGCACGUUUUCUGAGACGGACGUAGAAUUGAUAGUCCAGACAAUGCUGAGCUCGUUGGCUGAAAACUCUUGCCUCAAGGUCACUCAAGGCGUUUUUGAAGGAUUCUUGCGUCAAGCAUCUCACUCUAUUUCAUGCAGAGAGCUAGUGCGUCGUUUCGUGACCCGAAUCAUAAAAAACCUACAAAAUCUAAACUCGUUAUCUGGAUUUGAGAACCCUAACACUUUGAUCGAGCUGCUUUUCACUUUCACUGAAAACAUGUGUCGAAUAAAACCUGAAAGUCAAAUUCCUAUUUUGACACUUUGUUUGUCUGUGCUUAUUUCAAUCUAUGAACAGGAAUCUGUUGAAAAUUCUCUGAUCAUUUCAAAAAUAAUUGUUUUGUUCGAGCUAUUCACCGAUUCUUGCAAAGAAGUUUUGAGACAUCAUCUGAAAGAAGACCAGAAGGAGCUGUUUUCUAAAAUCGUCAUUGCAUCCAACAGCGAUACUCAUCGCCAGUCUAGGGCCUCAAAUCAAAUCGAAUUAAGGUCAUUUAUAUAG